GUUGCACAUUGGAGAGAUAUUAAUACUUUAUUCUUUUCCCGUAUCCGCUCCCGCGCUCACUUUUGUACCAUAUAUCUGAGUGCACGAGCCUAAGCGGUUAUUAUGAAAAUCGAAGCGAUUGCAAGAGGCGUGUCGAGGACUACAUGCGGAAUACGGACACGAAACUAUUCACACUGACUCUGAAGGGGUGAUUUUGAGUGUGAACUGGCAUAUGCAUGUCUGAUAGUAAGACACUGACGCCAAGAAAGGAAUAUAUCAUCUGGAGGUUUAGUACGUGACAUCCAUGCUACAGUAUUCUCCACCUGAUCCUCAGCCGUUUGGCGGAACACCACUUGCCAUGUUAGCAGCCCAGUGCAGCAAAAUCACAAACAAGAGCCCUCCACCGUUAGCAGAAGCGACAGUCGGCAAGAGUUUUGUCCCUUGGAAGAAGGGCGUUGCUACUAGCGAUAACCGCAACCCCCUCCAUCUUACCUCCCAGAGAGUCCCUACUCUCAACCCCUCGUUGUCGAUGACCAGUAGUGGACUAACCUACCCUCGGUCAACAAUCAACUCUUCUUGUUCCGGGAGCUACGGCAGCGACAUGCUGUACCCAACGACAACGUCAGCGUCGCAGAGCGACAUCUCCCAAGCAGCAUUCCUUCAGAAGAUGCACGGAGACAGCGGUAUAGGAAACUCGAGCUUCGGCGGGAUGUACUCCAGGGUUCCGUCUGUCACAGGCCACCAUUAUGAAGCGUGGCCCUUCGCAGCAGGCAUGACGUCAUCACAUCCACCGGCGACGCACACGUUGAAGACCGAGAUGACGACGACGGUGAACGGCGGAUCGCCGUGGUGGGAGAUGCAUUCGGCCAACAUGCACUCCAACCCUUCCAACUGGCUGUCUGAUAUCCCAAGUUCCGCUUCCGGACCCCAUUCUCAGAUAUCUAGUGGAUAUCCAUCCUCGGAAUACCCCUUGGGGUAUAGCUUACCAUCCGCCCCUAGUUCCCUACUCUCCUCGGGUCAACACUUAUUACAGGACACUUACAAAUCUAUGCUCCCUGCCCAAGGGGAAUUGGGAGCGUCAAGUGUGACCCCCUUCCUCACCCGACCCGGGUUGUCUGGGAUCCCGAGUCCUCGCAGUCAGAGACGGUACACUGGUCGGGCGACAUGCGACUGCCCCAACUGUCAGGAAGCAGAUAGGCUUGGACCCGCCGGGGAACAUCUUCGGAAAAGGAACAUUCACAGCUGCCAUAUUCCCGGCUGUGGUAAGGUGUAUAACAAAACGUCACAUCUUAAAGCUCACCUUCGUUGGCAUACUGGCGAGAGGCCGUUUGUGUGUAACUGGUUGUUUUGUGGGAAAAGAUUCACAAGAUCAGAUGAGCUUCAGCGGCAUUUGAGAACACAUACCGGAGAAAAGAGAUUCGCAUGCCCCGUGUGCAAUAAAAGGUUCAUGCGCAGUGAUCAUCUGAGCAAGCACGUGAAGACCCAUAGUCAAACAGGAGAUAAGAAAGGAAGCGGAAGUGACACCGAGAAUAGUCAGGAAGCUGUUAAUGUCAACACAUCCCCUACGAACACAGCGACACAGAUCUCACAAGUACCCAUAAAGGAAGAGCAGGCAAUGAGAUAGAGUGAUCUCCCUUUGUGUCCUUGGACAAGCGGCACAUAAGACUUUGUCAAAUCCAGUGAGACAGUGAUGGUAUAAUAUUCAAACUUUGUGAAGAACGUGCUCUGUGACAAUCCCUUGACACACAUAUUCUAUAAAUCCUUAUGACGUCAUUAUGACGUCAUAUUGACGUCAGUUCCAGUGAUAAAUCAUUGUAUUCACUUUUUACAGUGGCCUGUUUCAUGAGAUUGUAGAGAAAAUGUCAGAUUCUCACGUACUUUUUAACAGACAGCUUAAUUUGUCAUCAAUACAUAUGUCAAUUUGAACAGUGUGCUUGCCGCAGCUCGAGACAUUCAAAGAGGCAAGUCACACAUCAAGACUAACAGGGAAUGCAUAUUUCUUUGAUCGUAUUCAAACAACGAUAUUUGAUAUUAUUUAUAAAUGUAUUAAUUGUGGAAGGAGGAUAUGUGUAGUGAUUCGUAUUGAUAUUCUGUAGCAACGAAAAGUUGAAUUUAAUUUUUAAUCACGUAGGUUAAAACCUUUGAAGUUGAUUACUGCAUGUAUGCAAUAACACUUUUUCUUUGAAUGUCAAAGAAGUAAUUGACUUUGAGAUGCAAAUGUCUCUGAUCCAUAUGUUUCAAACUAAUUGAAAUAAGAAAAAGAUUAAAAUCAAAAAGAUAUUUGAUUCCUAAAUUCAUGGGUGAAAGGACUGAGGACAAUUUUGGUCUUGGCUAAAUUUGUUUGUCACUAGUCGAGACAUAUUCUUUCAUAUCUUCAUAAGUAUUAGUUAUGAACAUUUUUACCGAAUCGCAUUUGACAUAUUUUACACUCUUCAUAUACCAUCUUGCAAUUACGAGUAUAUCGGUGUGGGAAAAUACACGCUUACGGGAAAAGUAUGUAAUUUGUAUUGUUAUUACCAAACAAUGGACAAUGUGCAAAUGUUAUGGGAUUUUUAUUGUUAAAGCAUUAACGUGUAUUACUCUUUUUCAGUUUUAACUAUAAACGAAGCAAAACCAUUUCAUUUUUUAAAUUAAGACCAUUCUAUUUUUAUGUGACUGUAUUUCAGUCGGUUUACUCAAAUAGAUAAAUUCAAACCAAUAUAUAUAUACAUUUAACACCGAUCGUACUCAAUAUAGCGAAAAGGUACAGGGACCGGUUCAUAUUGCUGGUACAUGAUACGUAUCUGAUAUGAAACUUGUUCACAGAAUAUAGCACUACUCAUCAUAUUUGCAUUUUGUUCAAAUUCAAGAGCUUUGGGAAGAUAUUAUGGAUGAAAUGCUUGAUGUGAAAACUUUCUUGCUGAAAAUAGUUGAUCCAAAUAUAAUUACACUUUAUUUGAAUUAAGAAAUUGCCAGCAAGAAAUAUUUCUUCGUGAUAAUUGAAACAUUGGAGAUUUAUAGCAACAGUAGCUAAGUAUGCAUUUGAUAUAUGUCAGGUUGUGAGUUUUUCAUGGGUGUGAGUGUUAACAGUUCUGUCUGAAUUAAAUGUUAAGAGCAUGGUUCUGUUUGAAUUGUGUUGCUGUUUACACCAUGUUCUGUCUGAAAAUGUAAUAUUUGGAGGGUGUGUUUCUUCCUCGAUGUAAAUAGUUAAUUAUUAUUGUACAGAGUGCUAGAUAAAAUGUUCAAAGCUGUAAUAAAUCUAUUUGAUACA